CCCACGCGAUCACGUCGCGCCACAUCGCCAACAUGUCGACACAACUACCACUGCGCCUGGUGCGAUCGCCAAUGUAUCGCCAAUGCCUCUUCCGACGGCGUAUACCCUCCACACAGCCCCUCGCCUCGCCAUCCACACGAGCUUUCUCCUCCACGCCCUCCCGACCACGCAGGAAAGAAAAUCGCCUGGUAGACGUCCGCAUGCAACUGGCCGGCGCCGAAGCCACCGUAAAGGGGCAACCGGCACCCAACGUUCAAUCCUCGUCCAAACGCGAAGUGCAAGAUAUGGCAGAGGACAUCGGGUUACUACAGAACACGGUGAUCCGGGCGUCGUUCAGCAAGCUCCCCGCACCGACGAGCUGGGAGUUCUACAGCUACUUCUGGACGGUGCUGAAGGCGCGGUUUACGGGGCUGUACACACGGAGCCAUUUCAAGAGAUGCGUGCACAAGUCCGGCAUCGCGUCCUAUCUGCCCGUCGACUUGUUGAAGCAGAGCAUGCUCAAGAACAAGGCGAAGGAGAUGUACCAGCGCUACUACGAGCUACUCGCGGCUGGCGACAUAGAGGCCUUGCGCCCGCUCUGCCUCCCUCCUCUCGCCUCCUCCCUGCGCACCCAAAUCGCCGCCCGCGGCUCCGUCAGGACGAGCUGGCAACUGCACAAAUUCAAGUCGGCACGCAUCGCCUCGCACCGCUGUGCGCCCCUAGGCAGCGACCACCCCGAUACCAGCUACCGGCAGUGCAUCGUGCGUCUCGAGUCGGAGCAAUCGCUGACCGUAAGCCCUCUGGCGACACGCGCUGAGCCGCGCAAGACGCGCGCGCCGAAGUGGACACCGUCCGCCUCGACCAAGAAGGACAUGGCUGCCGAGUCGACGAAGGUUAAGGCCGAGACCAGGCAGAGCCAGACCGUGGUCGAGUACCUCGUGAUGCAGACGCGGGUCAUGGACGGCAAGGAAGAGGAGUGGAAGAUCUGGGGCUUCGCGGACGAGACGACGCCCGCGAAGAUGGAGGAGGAUGAGACGUACUGGAGGAAGAUGCUGGCUAUCCAGAGCGCGGCGUGAGCCUGAUGAGCGUGGCGCAAAGUAGCGUGAGUGCAACAUCGGCGUGGUGAUGCUGGCGUCAGUGGGGGCGGUUUCGACGACGAGCAAUAUUGUAAACAUAGUGUGUACAUGCCAGACAUAGGCCAUUGUAUAAAUCAUUGUCACGUCUGCGACGAGUCAUCAUGGCCGAAAGUCUCUGGUCGUCAUUUUUGUGCGAGACAUUUCGAGGCCCACUUUCCUUCUUGCCCAUGUCAGCCGCGGCCGUAAAGCUGACUGCAGUCUCCAAAAAUGCUGCCAGACAAUCUAGACACAGAGCCCGAAACAUGAGUACCACCAAA